AUGAGCUUCCUCAUCCGUCCUUGGGCCAAAAGGGACGUCCGGGAUGUGAUGCGGCUGGUGAAGGAACUGGCGGUGUCUCACAACGCACUCCACCAGGUGAGAACUUCUCCAGAAGCUCUCCAGAAGGAUGGGUUUGAAAAAGACGCCAUCUUCGGGUACCUGGUGGCCGAGGUGCCCCCCGCACAAAAAAGCAAAGAAGGACACACCAUUGUCGGCUAUCAGUUCCACUACCUGAGUUACUGCACCUGGGAUGGCCCAAUCCUCUUCGGCGAAGAUCUCUACGUGAUGCCGGAAUUCAGAGGGAGAGGAGUUGGCACCGCCUUGCUGAACCAAGCAGCCAAGAUCACCCUGGAAAAAGGAUGCUCCCAGUUCCGAUUCAUCUCGGCCGAGAGGCCUCAGGCCACGAUCGAUUUCUUCCACAAGAGAGGGGCCAUCGACGUCACCGUUCGUGACAACUGGCACGUCUUCCGGAUUGAUAGGGACCCCCUGGUGAAGCUGGUGGAGGAUGGGGCAGCCAAGCUGAACCCCGUUUCUUCUCAGCUUUAGACCCCACCACCCCACUUCCAAUUCCACCCCCAGAUUAGCCAUUGCACUUCCAAAGGGGUAACUCAAGAUUCUCCACCGCUCCCCUUUACUCAUACCCCAUUUGGGGGGUGGGUGGGAUAAUUCCCCCCCCCUCUUGUUCCUUUCUGGAGGGCUGAAGUUUAACUCUCCCCCAUCUCCUUUGAAAAGAAUACAGAACGCAGGAUGCAGGAUUGAGGGUGCAAAAUACAGAAUGCAGAAUAUAGAAUCCAGAAUGCAAGAUGCAAGGUGCAGAAUAUGGAAUGCGGAAUGUAGAAUACAAA